AUGGAUACAUAUAAUGAACUUGAUGUGUAUCAUCCACAAAUGGACAAUAACUUGAUGAUUGUAAGUGGAUAUUCGCCACAAGCCAGCAGUGGAUAUGCACAGGAAGAAUUCAACAGUGGAUAUGCACAGGAAGAAUUCAACAGUGGAUAUGCACAGGAAGAAUCCAACAGUGGAUAUGCACAGGAAGAAUCCAACAGUGGAUAUGCACAGGAAGAAUCCAACAGUGGAUAUGCACAGGAAGAAUCCAACAGUGGAUAUGCACAGGAAGAAUCCAACAGUGGGUAUUCACAACAAGUCUCUGAUGUUGGGUAUUCACAAAAAGUUUCUGAUGUUGGGUAUUCACAACAAGUUUCUGAUGUUGGGUAUUCACAACAAGUCUCUGAUGUUGGGUAUUCACAACAAGUCUCUGAUAAUGGGUAUUCACAACAAGUCUCCAACUAUGGAUAUUCGCAACAGGGACCCAACAGCGUAUAUCUGCAAGGGGGAUACACUAAUGUGUGUCACACUAGUCCAGAAGAUGUCAGUCCAGAUGUGUAUCAUCCACAAAUGGACAAUAAUUUGAUGAUUGUAAGUCAUCAAGUUAUUGAUCCCAACGUGAGUCCAUACAUUAACGCAUGUUUAAAAAAACGAAAACGUCAUACGUUUACUAGAGGACAGCUGGACAUACUGGAGAAGACUUUUCACACAAAUAAAAAACCAACCAAGGAAAUGUUAGAUGAUUUGGCACAUCGAUUGGGCUUGACCCCGUACCAAAUAAAAAUUUGGUUUAAAAAUCGUGUAGCAAAGUUGAGGAAAUCUGGGAAUAUUGAUAAUGUACAUCAGGAUUAUAUGACUGGAUCACUACAACAAGCGUCCAGCAGUAGAUAUUCGCCACAAGCGUCCAGCAGUGGAUAUUCGCCACAAGCGUCCAGCAGUAGAUAUUCGCCACAAGCGUCCAGCAGUGGAUAUUUACAGCAAGUCUCCGAUGUUGGGUAUUUACAACAAGUCUCCGACAGUGGGUGUAGACAACAAGUCUCCAACAAUGGAUAUUCGCAACAGAGACCCAACAGCGUAUAUCCGCAAGGGGGAUACACUAAUGUGUGUCACUCUAGUCCAGAAGAUGUCAGUCCAGAUGAAUUUUUUCGUCGACUUUCACCUCAUGAUAUGGAAUACAUAAGUAGAAUUGUGGUAGAGGACUGUGUGAAGUAUGUAGAUAUGUAUGUACAAAGUUACGGGACAAUAUGA